AUGGAAUACAAGCAUGCGGAUAAUUCUCCCAGGGUGGGUACCGGCAACGCCGGAGAAUCCCACACUCCCGCUUCGGCGGGGGAUCGGGCCGUGUAUACUGGGGGCCCCAAACAUGCUUUGAAGGAGGGGAGGAGGAAUGACGACUUUGGCAACGAAUUUACGGACAAUGAUAGGCAAUGCGAUUUGGCAAUGUUGACGGCUAGCGAGGGUGGAUCACGAGCGGCAACGCCCGUAUCCACCGGCAUGGGCUCCGGGUUCUUUAGAAGACCCGGAAGCGGUAGCGACGAGAGCGGCGAUGAGUCCGCCGCUUCUCAUAACCCGGACAUGGACAGCGAGAGGGAGAGGACCCGGGCCACUUUCCGGCGCAAGAGGCGCGGUAGUGAGCUCGAGGACAGUCCUGAAAAGGACAGAGGAGCAGCUCCAAAGCCCUCCUCGAAAAGAGGAAGAGGCAGACCGCCCACCACAGGGCAAUAUGUCGGUCUAGCCAAAACAAAGAAAGAAUACCUAGAGCUCAGGCAGAAGGAGAUACAAAUCGAGACGGAGAAGGAAGUCCUCGAAAUGACAAAGAGGUUACCGGACCUACGGUCCCACCGGCUGUCGGAAACCUCUCUCUCGGAUUGCACGAUGGCGGAGGAUGACGUGGUCACGGUGGCGAAACUGGGUUCGGCUAUAAGUCAGAGCCUGGACACCAUCAAUGCUGUGACCCAAAAAUCGAAAAACCUUAAAGGAACCUCGAUUGCCGCUUUGAAAAAGGCGACCUUAACCAUACGGGAGGCGUGGUCAGCCCUCCUCGUCAGGUCUACAUCGGAUGAGACGAGAGCCCUGGUAGAGGCAAACACACGACUCACCAGAGAGCUCGAUGAAAUGAAGAAGGAGUUAGAAGCCGUCAAGCGCAAGCUCGCUGACGUGCAACCACAGACGGCUCCCGUUACGAAAGAACCGAACAUGGAGGAGAUACUGCAGCGAGCGGUGCGCGAGGCGGUCUCUCUGAUGAACGCCCGCAUGGACGCGAGGCUAGAAGGGCUAGAAGCUCGGCUCCUACCGGAGCCUCGCCUGCGUCCCCCACUGGCCGCGGAUAAGAAGAGGGAAAGUGCUGCCUCUAAAUCUUCCGGCGCUAGGCCUCCACAGGCUGAAAACGAAAUAGAGACUCCGACUCUGCCGGAGCCAUCAGUCUCCACACUGAUGCCUCUGACAAACCCGGGGCCUAAACCAAAAAAGGCGAAGAAGGGGCGAAAGUCCGCUGCCGCCGUUGAAGCUGCCACCUCGAGGCGCGACGCAGCGGCAGCGGCGGCUGGGUCACAGCCAGUCGCCACUCCCUCAUGGACCGAGGUUGUGAGGAGAGGGAAAGGAAAAGGGAAAGCAUCUGGAAAGGAAGAAGAGGGGAAAAGGGUGCUGAAAAAGAAAAAGAAAGUCAGAAAGAAGAAGGACAGACAGCUCCGCGCCCCAAAGUCUGCAGCCGUAGUGCUCACGCUGCAGCCGGACGCGGAGAAAAAAGGCGUCACCUACCAGGACGUCAUAGACAAGGCAAAGCAGCACUUGGAUCUGGCUGCGCUGGACAUACCGGCGGUCAAAUUUAAGCGGGCCGUAACCGGGGCCCGUAUGUACGAGGUUUCGGGAGCGGCCUGCAAGGAGAAGGCUGACGCUCUGGCUGGCAGACUCAAGGAAAUAGUCGGAGAGGAUAUUGUGCGCGUCUCUCGGCCACAGAAAUGUGCCGAAAUGAUAAUGACGGGUCUCGACGACUCGGCAUCGGCGGGAGAAAUCGCGACUGCCAUAGCGAGAGUGAGCGGCUGUCGUGCCGAGGAUGUUAGGGUCGGAGAGAUCCGCGUGGACAGGAGAGGUCGCGGCUCGGCGUGGGUUAAGUGCCCCGUCGAGGCCGCAAAACAAGUGACGGCGCCGACCAGCAAAGUAUAUGUCGGUUGGACUGUGGUGCGGGUAACCCUGUUGUCCACGCGCACCAUGAGGUGCUUCAGGUGCCAUGAAGAGGGACACACCCGGGCGACGUGUUCAUCGGAGACCGAUCGCAGCGAGCUCUGCUUCCGCUGCGGUCAGCCGGGCCACUCGACCAAACAGUGUGGGAACUCCCCUCACUGUGCGCUAUGCGAAUCAAGAGGGAAGCCGGCAGACCACAUUGUAGGCAGUCAACGCUGCAAUAAGUCUACCCCUAAGAAGAAACGAAAAGGCCCUGAAAAGAGCCGAGCACCUCGAGAGGCCGCCACAACAUCUACGGCGGCCCCUAGUGCUGGAGCGGGCAACCUGAAUCACUGCGCCCAGGCGCAGGAUCUCUGGGUUCAGGCUCUAUUGCAGUGGGAGAUCGACGUGGCCGUUAUUGCUGAGCCGUACCGCGUCCUGGUCAGGAGUGAUUGGACUGGAGACGUCGACUCGACGGUCGCCCUAGUCUUUGGCCCCAAAGUCGUCCCUCCUUCGUCGAGGAACACGACAAGGGGCCACGGAUUUGUAGUCGCUAACCUGGGUACCCUCACCGUGGUGGGGGUGUACUUUUCGCCCAACAGGGCUAUCGCCGAUUUCGAGGCGCUCUUGCUCCGCCUGACCGCCGUAGUUGAAGGAUCGAAUCACCCCGUAGUUGUCGCCGGCGACUUCAAUGCCAAGUCGCCGAUGUGGGGUUCGUCGGUGACAAAUGCGAGAGGUAGAGUUAUCGAAGAUUGGCUCACCACCACUGGCUUGGUUCUGGCAAACCGUGGUACGGCUAGUACAUGCGUUAGGCGUCAGGGCGAGUCCAUUGUGGACCUGACUCUGGUCAGUCCAACUAUCGCCCGACGCAUCUCAGAGUGGCAGGUCCUCAGUCGUACAGAGACCCUCUCAGACCACCUCUAUAUUCGCUUCGUCGUCUCAGCUCGCACGACGGAGCCGAGCCGCACGUCUCCAUCUGGUGUCGGUCCGAGGUGGUCUCUGAAGAAGCUGGACCGCGACCUCCUCAAAGAGGCCGCAGCCGUUGCGUCGUGGGCCCCUCUGCCAUCAGAGGACGUUGAUGAAUGCGCGCAGUGGCUAAAUGAGGCGGCACACAACAUCUGUGACGCCUCAAUGCCCCGCGCUGGUCCAGCCAUACCCAGACGCCAGACGUACUGGUGGAACCCGGACCUGAAGCGUCUCCGGGACGAGUGUGUGGCAGCCCGCCGCCGCUAUUUGCGGUACCGAAGACGGCGGAUUAGGAUCGAGUCGGAGGAGGAAUCUAUUUAUGACGGAUACCGCACAGCGCGUCACAACCUGCGCGACGCCAUUAGAAUGGCCAAGAAGACGGCGUGGGAGGAGUUCCUGGGCUCUCUGGAGCAGGACCCGUGGGGCAGACCUUACAAGUGGGUAAGGCAAAAGCUUCGCCCGGCUGCCCCACCACUCACUCAGACCUUGCAGCCGGAACUCUGCAGAACUAUAGUAUCGGCCCUAUUUCCACCUAGGGCCGAGUGGUCCCCACCAUCCAUGGCACCACCAACUGCAGAGGUCGAAGAGGAGGAAAUCCCCCCCGUGACAGCCGGAGAACUGGCAGCGGCGGUUCACAAAAUGGGCCUCAAGAACAGAGCCCCUGGACUGGAUGGAGUCCCCGGCCGUGUCUGGGUGCUAGCGAUGGAGCAAAUGGAAGCGCGUGUGCUCGCCCUACUGAACAUGUGUUUGGUGCAGGGGCGAGUACCACGUCGCUGGAAGACGGGCAAACUCGUGCUACUCAGAAAGGCCGGGCGACUGGAAGACCAGCCGUCAGCCUACCGCCCUAUCGUCCUGAUCGACGAGAUCUGCAAGACGAUGGAAAGGAUCGUCGGGGCGCGUCUCAAACACCACCUAGAGAGCGUCGGCCCGAACUUGAGCGAUGCUCAGUUCGGGUUUCGGGCUUGCCGAUCGACGAUAGACGCGGUGGCACGGCUCAGGUCUAUCACGGAUGAGGAGAUCUCUCGGGGCGGGGUGGUGCUGGUAGUCUCGUUGGACAUCUCCAACGCGUUCAACACCCUGCCCUGGGAAACGAUAAAGGAGGCCCUUCGGUACCACCGAGUGCCGGGAUAUAUUCGCAGACUCGUAGGCGAUUAUCUGUCGGAGCGCUCGGUGCAGUACCCAACCGAAGAAGGAUGGGAGGAGCACGAAGUGGAUUGCGGAGUCCCACAGGGGUCAUCUCUUGGCCCGGACCUGUGGGACUUAGGAUUCGACCAUGUGCUUCGUGGCGCCAACUUACCCGGAGUUGAGCUACUGGCUUACGCGGACGACACCGCGGUGACCUGCCGCGCGAAGACACACCGCGAAGCCGUCAUCCUGGCGACGGCAGCGGUCGCACAAGUUGUGCGCAGGAUACAGGCGUUGGGCUUGACAGUGGCGCUAAAUAAAUCUGAGGCCAUUCUUUUCCAUGGCCCCAGAAAUGCGCCUCCAUCUGGUCUAACAGUCAUCGUUGGAGGAACGACGAUCCAAGUGGCACCGAGUCUGACGUACCUCGGAUUAGUCCUUGAUAGCCGGUGGACCUUCAAAGAACACUUCCGCCGGCUAUCCGAGAAGGUUACAAAAGCUGCAGGAGCUCUGGCCUCGCUGCUCCCGAACCUCGGGGGCCCCAGCCUGAGCUGUCGGCGCCUGUACAUGGGCGUUAUACGCUCAAUGGUGAUGUACGGCGCGCCGAUAUGGGCGGAAAACCUGGCAGCCGAGAACAGGCAGACUCUGGGACGGCUGCAGCGAGUUAUGGCAACGCGAGCAGUGCGCGGGUAUCGCACCAUCUCCCGGGAUGCUGCGUGCCUGCUCGCUGGAAGCGUCCCUUGGGACCUGGAUGCAAGAGCCCUCGCCGACGUCUACUGGCGUGGCGCAGAGAUCCGCGCGGGGGGCAGCAACCCCCCUCCGGACGCCGUACGUCGGUGGAGGGACGAGGCCAAGGACAGGGCCCUAGAUUUGUGGGAGGAGCGGCUCCAAGAGCCGCGAGUAAGUGUGGAUCUGAUACUGGCCAUCCGCCCAGUUUUCAGAGAGUGGCUAGACCGCAAGAACGGCGCGCUCUCGUUUCGGCUUACGCAGGUACUGACCGGGCAUGGUUGCUUCGGUCGGUACCUUUGCGAGAUCGCCGGACGAGAGGACACAACGCGAUGCCACCAUUGCGACGCGGACAGGGACACGGCCGAACACACAGUAACGGCCUGUCCCUCCUGGAUACGACACCGCGCGGCCUUAACGGCCGCCAUUGGACAGGACAUAACGCUGCCAGCUAUUAUAUCCGCUAUGCUGCGCAGCGAAGUUGAUUGGAAAGCGGUAGAGGACUUCGCGGAGGAAGUAAUCGCCGCCAAAGAAGAAGCCGAGCGCGACAGAGAAAGGGAGGCGCUCGACUCCCGAAGACGAAGACGGCCAAGGCGACAACGCGUCAUUCAAAAUGACAACGUGCCGCCAUAG